AUAUCUAAGUCAAAAAAGCCAUUUUCAACCCACUUUCUCUCUGAUACUUUGACAAUCGUAUCAGACAAGCCAUUAGAUUGUGCUCCCAUCCCAACUCUGGAUAUUAGGGGGUCAAAUACUCAAUGUUAUCUGUUUGAUUGAGUCAACAAGCAAUCAGUGGUAAGGCUCAGUUAAGAGAGCCACACCAGUAUUUUAGAGCUUUGCCUAAGGAGAGGGACAGAAUCAGGCUUGGAUAAGGCAAAAUGCUCAAGAUUCUCAAAAAUAAGGCGGGCCUGAGGCCAUUAACACAUAGUGAUAUUAUUUCAAAACAUUUUCCAGCACUUUCGUUUGUAAAUUACAAUUCAACAGAUGUAAGGGCAACUGCGCCAUUGCCCGACAGCGCAGAUGUAGUCAUCAUAGGUGGAGGAAGCGCAGGGUGUAACACACUUUACCAACUUUCAAAGCGUGGUUUGAAGGCAGUUCUACUUGAAAGAGCACAGGUAACUGCUGGGGAGACAUGGCACAGCGCCGGACUCAUAAUGCAGAUGCGAGCCAACGAUAUUGAGAUUCAACUUAGAUCGACAACCAAGAACCUUCUGGCCAGCUUGCAAGAAGAGACUGGAAUCGACCCCGGAUGGCACAACAAUGGAGGUCUGUACAUAGCACGUUCCAAGAUCAGACUCGACGAGUACAAGCGAAUGAGCACCCUAGCUAAAAAUUUUGGAAUUGAAACAUCCAUACUUACUCCCGAUGAGACGAAAGACCUCUUCCCUCUCAUUGACAAAGAGAAAGUUUUUGGAUCACUUUAUUGUCCGAGUGAUGGGGUUGUUGACCCAACAGCAUAUUGCAAAGCACUAACAACUGCUGCAAUAAACCAUGGCGGUCAAGUCAUAGAACAUUGUCCUGUUACAAAAAUAAUAAUAGGAAAAAGUCAAUAUGGUUACAAACAAGUUGAAGGUGUUGUUACAAAUGAUGGUGUAGUAAAAACAAAAUAUCUUGUAAAUUCAACAGGAGCUUGGGCUGGAGAGCUUGCUCAGAUGGCAGGUCUUCAACUGCCAAUUGUUUCACUCAAGCAUGCUUAUGUGGUCAGUAAUCCUAUGUCUUCGGUGGUUGGACUUCCGAACGUUAGGGAUUCUGAUGGAAGGAUUUACUUUCGUGUAAAAGGCGAUACGCUUUGUGUAGGCGGCUUUGAGCACAAUCCAAUCAUGCUUGAUAAGAUGCCUGACGAUCAUGCGUUUGACUUGUUCGAGCUCGACUGGAAGGUCUUUGAAGCACACAUGCAAAGGGCUUGUGAGAUGGUGCCAUGUUUUGAAACGGCAGGGAUUAAGACAACAGUCUGCGGCUCGGAAUCUUUCACACCAGAUCUCAAGCCGUUGUUAGGUGAAGAUCCGAGGUUAAAUGGAUUCUUCCACAGCUGUGGCUACAAUGCUGCUGGCGUUGUCUUAAGUGGGGGAUGUGGUGAACAAUUGGCCAACUGGAUCAUUAACGGACGCCCUGACUUUCACAUGUACGCUUACGACAUCAGGAGGUUCACCCCAGAUCAAAUGGAAAGUAAAACAUGGGUCUUGGAAAGGUGCCAUGAAAGUUAUGUGAACAACUACAAAGUUGUAUUUCCACAUGAACAACCUCUUGCUGGCCGCAAUUUUAAACAGGAUCCAUUUUAUGAGGAACUACUAGUUUCUGGAGCUGUGUAUGAGCAGGCUCAGGGUUAUGAGCGUCCUGGGUGGUUCAAUCCACAAGGGUACACACCAAUACCACCUUAUGAUUGGUAUGGGGCAUACGGAUGUACAAGAAACUUAGACAAACGCUAUUUCAAUCUUCAAAAAGGUGACAAGACAUUUGGAUUCUCAAAGCAUCACAUGGCUGUCGGGUCUGAAUGCCUCGCCUGCAGGGAAUCAGUCGUUGUUAUGGACUUUUCGUAUUUUUGCAAAAUGUACAUGGUCGGCCCUGAUACGAGGAAAGCUGCUGACUGGAUCUUCACAGCCGACACUAAUGUCCCCAUUGGUAAAGCUGUAUAUUCAUGCUUGUUGAACAAACAGGGGAGGAUCGAAGCGGAUUUGCUUGUAACACCAAUAACUUCUGGAAGCGGAACACAAGCUGAUCCAAUCUUCAAAGGGCUUGGAAUGUUUAUCGUGGCUGGAGGUGCUUCAGCCUCACAGACGAAAGCUCAUAUAUCGUCUGUAAUCAGAGAAAAAGGAUUCCGAGUCGAUAUCGCUGAUUUAUCCUCAAAAGUCGGUCUACUGGCUAUCCAAGGACCUGCCAGCCGGGAGUUGCUCCAGACGUUAGUCGACUGUGAUUUAAGCGAGCAAGCCUUCCCGUACGGUGCUUCAAAAAUUAUGAAGUUCGCCGGACACCAGGUCAGAGGUAUGCGUACAAGCUUUGUUGGGGAACUCGGCUGGGAAAUCCACGUCCCAUCACACGCCGCACUCCCAGUUUACCUCGCGUUGUGGGAGCAAGGAAGGAAAUUCGGAUUAAGGCAUGCUGGUUAUCGUGCACUCUACUCUCUUCGAUCAGAAAAAGGCUACACAUUAUGGAAUUCUGAUGUGAGAGUAGAUGACAACCCUGUAGAGGCAGGGUUGCAACACACUUGCAGAAAAGAGGGCAAUUACUUAGGAAAACAAGCUGUUGAGGAAGCCAUGGCAAAUGGAAUUAAAAAGAAACUAGUCUUCAUAACAGUCUCUGACCACGUUCCGCUCUAUGGUAUGGAGACUAUUUGGAGGAAUGGAGAAGUGGUCGGAUUUUUGCGUCGAGGAGAAUACGGAUAUUCACUCGGCUGCAGCAUCGCUCAGGGAUAUGUACGAGACCCAAGCGGCCAGAACGUAACCAGCGAUUUCAUCAGAUCCGGCAAUUACGAAGUCGAAGUUUUAGGCGAGAGGCACAAAGCCAGUGUCCACCUGAAGAGUCCGUUCGACCCCGAGAACAAAAGACUGCAAGGAAUAUACGAGGAUCCUUUACCUGUCCAGUCAUUUGCUUAAGAAUUUUUGUUUUUUAGUGAAUAGUUUAGAUGUUAAGAUUUUUUCUUCUUUUUUUGUAUAUACAAAACAAUUUAUUUACAAUUUUCACAAGCUUAUAAAAAAUGUUUGCUAUCCUGCAAUUGGAUUAGCGUGGAUUGUUACACUGUUGAUUUUUUUAUCAUUUAACGGCUUAUAAGUUUUUGCGUUAACUGGAAGUUUUUCUAGUUCAUCUAAAACUUCAAACCCAUCAAUUACUCUGAAAAAAAAAA